UUCGCACAGACUGCUGGCCCGCCUUUCUAAAAUGAUCAGUGCACACGCUGUUCGCUGUAUCCUUGACAGUCUACAAUUUGAGUUAAAGAGGCAAUGAAGGACAUAUUUGUACUGCUGGUUCUGCUGAAUGCCCAAACUCUUAAGGUCUGCUCUCAGCCCUAUCAGGCAGACUCAGAUGGAAACUGUCUCAACUCAACAUCAGAGUACCGUUCGUUAGACGAUUCAAACCUGUGUUGCAAGAAAUGCUCCCCUGGACAGCGGCUGUCAACAAAAUGCAAUGAAACUAUGGAGACUGUGUGUGAACCAUGUCCAGCAGGCCAGUACAUGGACAGCUGGAACUACGCUUGGAACUGCUUCUCAUGUGCCAAAUGCAAACCGACUAAAGGUCUGCAGGAAGCUCAGAGCUGCUCCUCUACUGCAAGGUCAAGGUGUGUGUGCCAACCCGGGAAGUAUUGCAACAUGGAAUUUGAUGACCCGUUCUGCUCAGCAUGUAUAAAGUACAAGCUAUGCCGACACGGUUUUGGAGUGUCUGUCCCAGGGAAAGGCAACGCAGAUGUGAAGUGUGAACGCUGCCCCAGUGGGACGUACUCUAACACAGUCUCUUCCACGGACCCCUGUCAGCCCCACACCAUCUGUCAUAAGAGGGUUGUUGUCAAAAAUGGCACCACUACCUCGGAUACCGUGUGUGGACCUGAGCUUUUUCCAACCACCAUGUUGCCUCACAGCUUAAAACAAGAGCCUCGCAUUACAGUGAUGAGCACAGUCCCAGCAACCUCAGCCUCCAAGGCUCCACAUGGACCGACAGACACCACACUGUCCAUUAGCACGUCUUUUUCAGAUCCAGUGUUCAACUUUUCGACAAAAACCCCGCCACCAAGCUCAGUACCUGACAGUACAGUGGUUGCAGUCAUUGCCGCUGUCAGUGGGUUAUUACUUUUCUUCAUCGCUAUCAUUCUGCUGUUCCUUUGUAGACCAGUCUGGAAGAAAGAUGCAGCAAUAUAUUAUCCUAAAGUAGAUGCAAAUGGAAAUUGUGAGAGUGGUGAUAAAAUCAAUCAGGAUUAUUUGGUGGAAACCCAGCUGAAGUAUAUCACAGUACCGUCACCAGAACAACAGUGUCUGCUGCAGAGAGGGGAAGCCAGCAGUGACCACAGUCAGUGCAGUAACAACACUGAAACUUUGAUCCAAACAGACGGUUCCAGCAGCCAAGAGUCCAUCGGCCCUUUGCAAUCCACUGUACCUCUUCACAAUCCACCCUCUGCCCUGUCAGAGCCCAUGCCAUUACUCUCCAACACAGAGCCUUUCACACCGCAGCCCAGCGUCCAAACACAGUUCUCCUCUCAGCCCACCAGCCCGCAGGUCAUCAGCCCCGUGACCACCAGCCCCCAUGUCAACGUCAACAUCACUUUCCACAUUGAAAACAGGUCUUGCGGGACACCGUCUGUCAUUCCCACAGACUCGAUGCAAGUCGACUCUAAACUCCCCUUUGGAGAGGAAGAGCAGACGUUUAGCAUCCCACAGCAAGAAGCUGGCAAACAAUCACUGAUGUCCGUGCAGGAGAGUGAAACUAUCUGCGCAUGAAGAGUCACCUGCUUGAAAGACUGAUACGUCCAUUUUUUCCUUCCUUCAGUCAUGAAACAACAUUGAAAACAUUUGACUAGCAUCAAGAUACACUGAAUAACAUGUUUCUUAAGAGGACAACCAGACAAGCUCAAACCUUAAUUGUGUUUCCUUAUCAAAGCCAUCAACUGUCACUGUGUGUUUAUAUAUGUAUAUACAGUAAAUAAAGAUGUAAAUAUUG